GUCCAAUAAUCCAUAGCGUGAGUAGCUCAGAGACUCCAUGGUGGCUACCAAGAUUUAUGUGCCCGAGACCUGUGAGAAAGCGUGAUCAGCAAAGGCCUUGUCAGAGGUUCUCCUUGGCAUCAGCAAAGAGUGGCACAACAAAUACUUUUGAGUGCAGUAGAAAUUUUGGGGAGAAAAAUGAUACUGAAGAUUGGCUAACAGAGGAACACUUCAGCUGUGCAAAGGCCUUCUCUUCUCCAGGAAGAAGAGACCUGACUCCUUCAGUCAAAGGAGACUUCUUUGGUUCUGCAGCAGCUGAUCAAAGUCGAGACAUCCUGGUUUCUGCUCACUGCAUAUUGGACAGAGAAAAUUAUUUUGUGAGGGAGGUGGACAGAUACUUGAGGCACAAUGAAUUCUUAGAUCUGAGAAAGAAAGAGAUGCUCUACAAGAAAUGGCUUGAGGAUGUUUCAGAGCCACUGCUGCAGAAAAUUGAGGACAAGAUGGACAGCAAGUCAAGUGAAGAAAUGCAGAAAAGGAAAGAACAACAACUCUCUCUCUAUUUAGACUACUGUAAAAAGAAGGGCUAUGUGAUUUUGGAUGCUUAUGACCCAUCAGAGUAUGACCCAUUCUUCCUGACGACAUCUACAGACUGGUGGAAGGUUUCAACACCAACUUUACAGGAUCCUCUGUUAAGAGACAUUCAAAGAAAGCUUACUGAGACAGGCAUUAUCAAGCAGUGCGAGACAGGAAGACCGUGCUCUACCAGAGAGCUCAACAAACUCAGCAGAGAACUGCCCCUGCUUCCUCUGAGCCGGCAACAUACGGAUGCACUUGAGUGGCUGAAGAUACCACACAGCUACAUUGCUAGUGAUGCCUACCAAAGAAAGAGCGAAAAGCCAUCAGCCACGACAGAGACAGCAUAUGGUGUCACCUGUCCUCCAGCUGAUCGCAGCGGCAAGCACAGCCAUCAGGAGGUACCAUCUGCAAAGGAUGUUACAUCUUCUGCCAGAGCAAGGCGGAACAGGCCAGGUCUUCUGGCAAACUGCAGUAAACUCCUUGUCUCAAACACGUCAUUCUGAAGUAGUUAUUCAGCAGCCAAAGAAAGGCUUGAGACGCUGCUCCUGUUAUUUCCAGCUCCUCUUCAUGCUCUACAGGCCAAACCCUACUAUUUUAGGAGGUUUAACUUAGACUCAGCUUUACAAAGACAGUGCUGAUGUCCUCUGGUUUAUAUAGUGAGAGUCUUCUCACCAGUUCACCUCCUUUAAUAAAAAGGAGAUAUUUUUUUUUAACAGAAGUUAGAAAAAGGUCUGGUAGGCUCCUCUUCUGUGCAGUGCAGGCUCUGCAUGUUAUCCCCAGCUCUGAGGCUGCUGUAUUUCAUAUUACAGGAAGUGUGCUGUUGGCACUGGGCAGAGGGAAUGGCAGAGCUUGCACAAUGUUAGCUGCAGCUGUUGCAAUUUUUUGUGAAGCUGAAAGACCUCACGUUGAGAUUUAAGAACAAACCCUCUCUUGAAUGAGAAGGAGGUGCUCCUGGCUAUGUGCCUCGUCAGCAGUUAUGUGCAGAACAGUGGCUUAGAAAGCGCUGAUAAGGAAAUAAAGGUUUGGUUUUGUUUGUUCCAAUCUUUAUCAGAACUCCUAUAGUGAAUGUCUUGCAAAAUAUUAUUUGCAAACUAAUGUCAGGCUACUAAUAAGGUUUCAAAGGACGUUCCCCUGGAGGCAGUGUACAAGCAGUAAAUCAAACUAACAUACAUAUGAGUGUUCAGAGAAGGCAGGAAUAAUGAGGGGAGAGGAGGUGGAUGUGUUUUGUACAAAACAGCACUUUUCGGAGAGGCAGUGCUGACACCACGUGCUGUCAGUGCCCUGCAGACGGGUUUCUCUCCUGUUCCAGUGCGGUGUGUGACUGCACAGCAGCUCCGGGGUCGAAGCCUGAGAAGAGAAUUCCUCAAGGCUUGUACAAGAAGCUUCAAACUCCCACUGUAGAGACACAGACUCCCAAGAGAUGCCAAGAUUUAGUUUUAUUUAGGAUUAGAAAUACUGAACCACAGAAAACUUGUUAAAAGAAACAGAGGUCAACUCAGCCCCGUAAGAGGAGGGUGCACAGGCAGCAAUCGGGUGUGAAACUGUCAGACAUCAGGAGGUGCUGCUGUCCCCAUGGAAGACAAGGGCCCACGUUGCUCAGAAUUCCACGCUGUGCUUUUCCAACAAUGCAGUUUAAGGAGGCAGUAAAAUGGUUACAAUGUAUCAAACCCUUUAUAAACAAACUCUUCUUUUGUUUAACCAUCCCUGAUUUUGAUGCCAAGAGGAAGUUUUUGCUUUCAACCAACCUCGUUUUACAGAUUCAUACUGGGGUGCCAGUUCCCCCGAGCAAACCCUUUCAACUUGUAAUAAACUUUCCUUGAAUUUAA